ACCACAGCACUGUGGCCAUAGAGACACUCGCACGCAGCCCUCCGGGUGGGCGGGGCAGGCUGCCGGCAGAUGGGGACAAGAUGUGCUCUGGGAAGGCCUGGGGCUGAAGGCCACUCUCUGAGAGAAGCACCCCAGACUCUCUCUCUUGGAGAGCAAGGCUCUGGAGACCCGCCCUUGCCCGCUUGCCCGGCCCCGCGCAGCAUGCGGCCCAGGGGCCUCCAAGGUCCCCGCGAGCUCCGCCAGCGGCCUCUGCUGCAUCUGCUGCUCCUGCUGUGGCUGCUGCUGCGGCCAGUAACCCGCGCCCAGACGGCGCCGGGCGCCCCGAGCGCCCCCACCGCGCCGGGAACCCCCAGGGCCCCAAGUCUGCCAGAGCGUGCGCGGGCCCUGAUGCGGGACUUCCCGCUCGUGGACGGCCACAACGACAUGCCCCUGGUCGUGAGGCAGUUUUACCACAACCGGCUACAGGAUGUUAAUCUGCGCAAUUUCAGCCACGGCCACACCAACUUGGACCGGCUUAGAGAUGGUCUCGUGGGUGCCCAGUUCUGGUCAGCCUACGUCCCAUGCCAGACCCAGGAACGAGAUGCUGUGCGCCUCACCCUGGAGCAAAUUGACCUCAUCCGCCGCAUGUGUGCCUCCUAUUCUGAGCUGGAGCUUGUGACCUCCGUUAAAGCUCUGAACAGUACCCAGAAGCUGGCUUGCCUCAUUGGAGUAGAGGGUGGUCACUCACUGGACAGUAGCCUCUCCGUCUUGCGUACCUUCUAUGUGUUGGGUGUGCGCUACCUGACACUCACCCACACCUGCAACACACCCUGGGCUGAGAGCUCGGCUAAAGGCAUCCACCUCUUCCACAGCAACGUCAGCGGGCUGACCAGCUUUGGUGAGAAGGUGGUGGCAGAAAUGAACCGCCUGGGCAUGAUGGUAGACUUGUCCCAUGUCUCAGACGCUGUGGCCCGGCGAGCCCUAGAAGUGUCACAGGCACCUGUGAUCUUCUCCCACUCAGCUGCCCGGGGUGUGUGUGAGAACGCUCGGAAUGUUCCUGAUGAUAUCCUACAGCUUCUGAAGAAGAAUGGUGGCAUCGUGAUGGUGUCCUUGUCCGUGGGGGUGGUACAGUGCAACUUGUUAGCCAACGUGUCUACUGUGGCAGAUCACUUCGACCACAUCAGGGCAGUCAUUGGAUCCAAGUUCAUCGGGAUUGGUGGAGAUUAUGAUGGGGCUGGCCGGUUCCCACAGGGGCUGGAGGAUGUGUCCACAUACCCGGUACUGAUAGAGGAGCUGCUGAGCCGUGGCUGGAGUGAGGAAGAGCUCUGGGGUGUCCUUCGAGGAAACCUGCUGCGGGUCUUCCAACAGGUGGAACAGGUACAGGAAGAAAGCAAGGGGCAGAGUCCUUUGGAGGAUGAGUUCCCGGAUGAGCAGCUGGGCAGCUCUUGCCGUUCCAUCCUCCCGCGUCUGCAUCAGAGGCAGAAUCUGGCUCCAGACCAGAAACUAACCAAGACUCCUAUGAGUAGGAAAUCCAUUUUGCCACCUAAGUGGCCAUUCUCAAAAUCUUCACCCCACAUGGCCCCAGGCUUCACAGUUAUUACUGCCUUCCCAAUCAUCAUUCUGUGGCUCUGGUGAUUCACUUAAUCCUGCCAGAUGUCACUUUGGCACCACAGACAUCCCACAACCUUCCCUCACAUGCAAGCACAAACAUUUCCUGAAAAUAAAUGUUUUAGAAAUGGAA